AUGGCGCCCAUUAGUCCCUCUCCCGCCAUCUCUUCUUCCCCUACGGCGACCACCACUGAGACCAGCUCGACAUCUUCUUCUACUGCUUCUACUGCUUCUAAUACCCGGCCCGAACCUGAAUCUCCCUUAUCUCUCUUUGGAAUCACGCGCCGCCACUGCAGAGAAGAACUCUUUGUAAGUCCAGUUCGAUGGACUGGCCGCCAUGUCGAGCUUCUGCAUUUCUCCUUCACCGGGCCUUUUCCCGAGCCAACGACCUCCGCGUCUGCAGAAGGCACAGAGGGAGAAUACUCUGAAGAGCUUUCUGGCACUCGACACUUGAAAGACUUUUUUGACUUUUACUAUAAGCCUGUCAUGCGCGAGCAGGGUAUUUGGUUGCUCAUCACGACUGAUGCGUGCCCUCUAGUCAUCUACGAAGAGCCUCUCAGACUCGCUGUUGGCGACUCCAUUGUCAAAAGCCUGCACUGCAUGGCAUUCUACCUUAAAGAUUCUAUCAAAGGACACAAAGUACAUAAACUUCCCGUUGCAGCUCUUGUUGACCAAGGCCGCAUUGUUGAGCUGCGAAAAGAGUACCUGGGCCUAUCUCGAUGCAAGCAAUGGUGUUACUGGAAUCGUCCCAUGUGCUGUCUCUACCAGAAGAAGUGGAAGAAGCUCACGCCACCAAUUCCGUUGCACGACCCAUUCAUCACUGCACUCCUCAUCGGACUGGCGCAGAAGAAGCGGAGAUAUCUGCACGAGAUUGAAUCCACAGAAGAGGCUAGAACGGGGAAGCUCUUUUGUCAAGUUGUUCAUACAUUCAAUUCCAGAGGCCGAUGCAAAGAAAAGCGUGAAGAGGCAUACUGGGGCUGGCUGUACCUCUAUCAGGCCGAUAUCCCAUCCACGCUUCUUGACAUGUUUGAACAGCCCAAAAUCGCACCGCCAGAGACCCCCUAUAUCGAUAUCCGCAUCACCAAAGUCAACUACUACCCGCUGGCUACCCUCCGAGCCCGGCUACUGGAGCUGAUGCUGCCAGGAAACGCAGGGGCAACGGCGGCAGCAGAAGCAACAGCAUCGGAAACAGCCGUGUGGCAAACAGUGGCGCAUAAUGUCGCUACAGAAUCCAUGGUAGAACUUGAGCAUGGGGUCAUGGCACAAGAGGCCACGGCACAAAAUAUGACACAAAAUAUGGUGGCAACAUUAGCAGCGCCGCCAGCAGCCAUUACACAGACAGCCAUGGUUCAGCCAAACAUUGACCAUGCCGCCAUGGCUCAACUAGCAAUGGACAAAGGAACCACCGAACAAACAUGCGCCAAUCAAAAUGGCGGACAGAAGCGCAAAUUUGAAGAUGAGCAUCACGACCAACCAUCUCAGCGAUGGCCCCCCUCGGUAUAUCUCACCCCCGUGAACCAGAUAUACUAG